UGAGUGAGAGUGACAGAGGGGCAGGAAGAGAUGGAGCAGCCCAAAACAUGACAAGGCUCCCAUGUUCCCUAAUUUGGUUUGUGAAAGGUAGAGGAGAUUGCUGUUCUGUUACUGAUAAUCAGUUUCUGAUCUGUCAAACACCAGGAUGAGCGACGACAUGUUCAAAGCCAGGAUGCAGGCCAGGUUAGAGAAGGCCAAAGCAAUGACUGAAGAGGAGAAGCUGUACAGAUUUAACGGGGUGCUGUACCCCACUCUCAUGUGUCCCGAGGAGAAUUUCAAGUGCCUGGAUAACAUCAAGGCCAGAGAGGAUGACAUCAUGCUGGCAGCUUAUCCCAAAUGUGGAUUUAACUGGAUGGUUGGUGUGCUGAAGAAGAUCAUGGCAGAGGGGACAGGGAAUAAAAAUGAAAGCAAGAUGCCCCCAAUGAUGGAGUUUUUCGGACCAGAACUUUUAAAGGUGGUGGAAGGGUCCCCCUCUCCGAGGCUUCUGGGGACUCACCUUUGUCCCGACAACAUUCCCAAAACCUUCAAAGAAAAGAACCCUAAAAUACUGGUGGUCUUCAGGAACCCAAAAGACACUUUGGUUUCGUAUUUUCAUUUCUGUAACAGUAACCCGGUCCUGCCGUCGAAGCCCUGGGACUCCUUCUUCACCGACUUCAUGAGUGGAAACGUUGCCUGGGGGUCAUACUUUGAUUACGCCUUGGCCUGGGACAAGAGGAUGGACGACCCACAAGUCCUGGUCAUCACGUACGAAGAACUGAAACAGGACCUGACCUCAGGGGUCCGUCAGAUCUCCACCUUCUUCGGCUUCAGCCUGACGGACGCUCAGAUCCAGCAGAUCACAGGAGCGAGCUCGUUCAACGCCAUGAAAGAGAGCUCAGCUAAUUCCCACGGCAACAUGGGACAAGUUUUCUUCAGGAAAGGUGAAGUGGGAGACUGGAAGAACCAUUUUACUCCUGAACAGAGCCAAGAGAUGGACGAAGCCUUCAACAAACACCUGGCAGGAACAAAGCUGGGAGACAAACUGAACUACAAGUACUACUGUCAAUAAGAAACAAGACGAGAGGAAGAGGAGCUAAAAGAGAGGAAGAUCAGAGCGCUGGUCACACUGAGAGGUGUCCUGAUGUUUAAACUUCGUUUAGACUGAACAGAGUCCAAACUGUCUGAAGCUCAGGACUAAGGAAAAUAUUUUUAAAAAUUGUCAUGACAAAGUUUUUAAAUUGUAAUCUGGAAAAUUUUCUUUUUUAAAUAAAAA